GGGUUUUGCUUGGCGCACCCGGGAGGCGGGGCUUGCGGGGCAACAUGGAGUUAGUGGCGGUUCUGAAGCGCGGGCUGCAGCAGGUCAGCGGCCACGGCGGUCUCCGAGGCUAUCUACGGAUGUUAUUCAGGGUAAAUGAUGUGAAAAUUGGUACAUUAGUCGGGGAAGACAAAUAUGGAAACAAAUACUAUGAAGACAACAAGCAAUUUUUUGGCCGUCACCGAUGGGUGAUAUAUACUACUGAAAUGAACGGCAAAAACACAUUCUGGGAUGUGGAUGGAAGCAUGGUGCCUCCUGAAUGGCAUCGUUGGCUUCACAGUAUGACUGAUGAUCCUCCAACAGUAAAACCACCUACUCCUCGUAAAUUCAUUUGGACAACCCAUAAAUUCAACGUGACUGGCACCCCAGAACAAUAUGUACCUUAUUCCACCACUAGAAAGAAGAUUCAGGAGUGGAUCCCACCUUCAACACCUUACAAGUAAAGACAAAGAACAGUGUAAACAUGCAAAAUAUGGAGCUUUCCAUGUAAUUACACUUGUACUGUUUACCAUUAACUAGAUUAAAAUUGUUUGACUGAACA